UUCAAAUUGAAGGACAAGUUGUUCUUCUACAUGCAGCAGCUUCCGGGCUGUGGGCCGAAAUGGCAGUGUACGAAACUUAAGCUCAAGGGCUACGAGAGUGAACAACCAAUUCACCUCAUUUGGAGGGACAGGUUGGAGGUUACAAAGCAGCUUUUCGCAAACCCAGUUUAUGCGAAACAUAUGUGCUACAACCCUCACUAUAUCUAUCAAGGACAAGAACACCAAAUUGGAGAAUUCUGGACAUUGGAUGAUGCAUGGGAGAUUCAGAAUCAACUGCCCGAAGGGGCAACUAUUGUCCUGAUCAUUGCUGCCUCUGACAAAACCCCAGUUACAAGACACACAGGUGGCCUCCAGAUGCACCCAUUAUUUCUAACCAUCAGAAAUAUCCAGGCCGAUGUCUGCAUGAAGGCUAUGUCACAUGUGUGGCGAUGUACUGCAUUCAUGCCAACACUGACUUUCAUUGUCAACUCCAAUUUUCAAACUCUACUCCAGGUGCGUCUGUGGCACAAGUGCAUGCACCUCAUAUGUUCC